AUGGGUGGAAGUGCGGAGCGUGAGAUUAUCCGAAAGGGCGGCCGGCAGACUCUGCGCCAGCAUCGCUCUUUAUGCUUGACUUCAUUCAACACCGACAACGUCCACAUAAUUGAUCCCGAGGACAGACUAUUUGCCUCCAGUGGGGCAAUUUAUCCUGGCGGUCCCAGCACCUGGUAUGUGGUUGACUGGGAUCAACGCCGGCUUGUUUCUGUCACCAUGGACGAGGAACUUGAGUCGGAGGAUCCUGCGUUGGAGCAUCUCCUGAAGCACAUCGAUGACCUCGCGCCUGACGUCUACGAAAUUUACGUCUCCUCCGAGGGAUUUUUGAUAUCCACAUCUACUGACGCAAAGGAUGACGAAACAUACUGUCCUUUCUAUCCCCCGCUCAGCACAGUCCAAAACGCCGAGGAUGUCCAGGUUAUCUCACGGGCAGGACUCGAAGAACUGGAUAGACUGAGUGCAAACGUCGAUCUCGUCAUAGUCGUGGAUGAACUUAAAGGGCGGUUCGUUGGCUUUACAACAGUAUACAUUGCGGGAGGCACCCUAGAGGAGAACAAAACGCGCCAGUUCAAGUUAAAGUGGCUCCAACAACUUAUUGACGUCGUUGACGAGCUGAAUCUGAACCUGGGGAUUGCGCAUCAGGAUGUCGCCCCGCGAAACAUUGUUAUAAAUGAGGAAACGGACUCCUUGAUGCUGUUCGACUUCAAUUUCUCGGUUCGUAUUGGACGGGCAGGGUACUCGGAACCUCGGAAUGAUAUCAAGGGAGUCAUGUUCUCCAUGUAUGAAAUCAUCACCCGCAAUGAUGAUCUGCGCGAUAUAAGGCACGAGGAUCAAGACGUCUCGGUUAUUGAAAACCAGGACUGGGUGAAACAUCCAGAUGUUCUACUGGACCACCCCGUCUCGGAAUUCCGUGCGUUACUCACGAGGUGGUGCGAGAAGCGACGGUCUGGGAAGCAUAUCACUGUACGCACAGAGGCUCCCAAUUUCCUGGACUGGCCGCCUCUUCCUGAUCCGCCGCUUUCCGAAGUCGAAACUCACUAUCAAGAUGGAACGGCAGUGAAAAAGUUGAAAAAGGUGUAUCAAUGGAGGAGAACUGAGUUGCGGGAACUAGGCAGGACAAUUCUAAACUGGCAGCGCCCUCCCCAGAGAAGGCUUGCACAGAAUGCCUAA